AUGAUCUUCUCCAUCUUUUCCAAGCUCAUACUGCUAGCAGCUGUCGUGCAUGCUCAAGGACAGGCUCCGUACCAGAACGCUACUAGUACGGCUGUUCCUACUACUGUUGCACCCGGUACAAACAGCACUAGCUAUCCACCCACUACUAUAGGUUCUUCACAAUCGAAUCUCACGACGAGUCUUGUUCCCCCUACUACUCAUUUAAACACGACCAGCACUCCUUCAAAGAGCUCUUUUCCCGGCUAUCCUAUAAGUCACCUUAAUACAAGCAGCACUCCAAUUUAUCCAACUACCAAUUCAAGCAGGACAAGAGGACCUACCUUCCCUACUUCUAACAGCUCUGUUCCAACUGUUCCUCCCGGAAGUGCAAAUGUAACUAGUACUCCUUACUUCCCUACUUCUAACAGCUCUACUCCAACUGUUCCUACGGGUAGUGCAAAUGCAACAGUCGCACCUUCCUCUUCUGUCGGAAACGGCACUGCUCCAAUCGUUCCUCCGGGAAGUGCAAAUGUAACUAGUACUCCUUACUUCCCUACUUCUAACAGCUCUGCUCCAACUGUUCCUACGGGUAGUGCAAAUUCAACAGUCGCACCUUCCUCUUCUGUCGGAAACGGCACUGUUCCAACUGUUCCUACGGGCAGCACAAACACGACUGGUGCACCUAUCCCAUCUGGUGUCUCUAGCACUCCUAUUGGUACGAACAGCAGUAGUGCCUUCCCAAUCAGUAGCUCGGCAACCUGGAAUACCAGCAGCCGUCCUGCGCCUAUUCUCAAUGGUAACACAACUACUAUGCCAUCUGCGGCCGGUCAAACAUUGCCGUUGAAGGGCUUUGCCGCCUUCUUUGCUUUACUCGUUGCGUCCAUUGCUUUCUUAAUGUAAAAGCAUCUAAUAUAGCAGCCAACUUUUAAUUCCAAUGAGUAUUGCAAAUCAUUUAUGGGCAAAUAGAAGGCUCAAAUCUAGAGUUUGUUUUUUUUUUGUUUAUUUUUUCUUUCAUACUUUUAUUUCAAGAACAGCUUUUACUGUACAUGCUUUUUUUUCAUUUUUUUCUUGAUCUUUUUGAACUUUUUGACUUUUAAUCGCUGCUUCGCUUUUCGUAAACUACAUAGUUAAUUAAUUGAAACUUAU